AUGAGCCGGGAACAAUCGAAGGCAGCCCUAUACAUCCAGCAGUUGGACGAGGCACGCUGCGAAGGGAAUUGGGAUGCAGUGCCGGAGCUGGUCAGGAAGAUCAAGAAGCAUGCACCCCAUCGAACAUGCCUCACAUUGACGGCGGAAUCCGAGUUCACCGUCGUCCAAGUUGGACACACCAGACCGAGCACAGCUCGCCCUGCAACUGCUGGUGCCAGCCAAACCGCACACACUGAGAUGACUGCUACUGCUUCCUAUUCGCAAUAUCCGAGCAUUUCUCGUUAUAUCCCCUUGUUGUUAGAAGCCAUAGAGAAGGAGAAGACAUAUGUCGAGGACGAAUUUCAGGCGCAAGUAUGUCUGGGCUGGAUUCAUUGGCAACUGGGUGAGCCAUCGUUAGCUGCGUCGAGGCUCCCUAGGAGCGUAGAGCAAGACUUUGCACAACUGGAUGGCACGAACAAGGAGUCUGCAGAAUGGACUAAAGUGUGUGCGUUGAAGGCCUCAUAUAUCAAGGGAAGCGCUCAAGGUCGAACAGGAGCAGUCGCCGAAGCCUUGGAAAGCUACGAGUCUGCAUUGCCAAUACUAUCGAGCGUGUCGGCGACUGAAAGGCAGCCCAAGGCGCUUCGAUCAUGGACAGAACUUUACUUGACAGGGUUCUGCAUGCUCUCUAGCCGUGCGAUUAAGUCAAAAAUUUCAUCCAUCCUGGAGACCGAAACGCUUUCUGCGUUCCGUGCUUGGGCUAAGUUCUGGGAGGUUCAAGGGUCGACUCCCAGUGGCGGCCGUGCUCCUCAAGCUGAAGUAUCUCGAAGACAAGUAUGGAAGGAAUACUACAUUACACUUUCGGACCUAUUACAGCAAGACUUGCCAUUUCCCACAACAUCCCUCGCGACUGCGUAUGCUGAGACUUCAACCCGGCUCCAGCAACGAGCUGAAUUGAAAAGAGUCGAAGGUCGAUAUGAGACUCUCUUGUUGGCCGAGGUGCAAUUUCCAAAGGCCGAUGAAGCAGGUGACGAGGUCGAAGCUUUCGCGGAUCUUGUGAUACAAAAUUGGCGGAUCCUCUGUGGCAGUAACUGGAGCGAGCAAGAUCUGGGAGAAGGGGGAGCUGAGGCAGUUGGCAGGGGAGUUUUGGACAUUCUCUAUCGAGCAGCGACCAAGACGUUCCAUUCCACGAGAAUACUGCGUCAUCUCUUCACAGUCCAUUUAACUGUGGCCGAGUUUGAUUUAUCGUUCAAAGCAUUCGAUACGUAUAUGGAAAUCGUCGGAAAAGGCAAGGCGCGAUUCGAAAAAACUGGUGAAGAGGAACAUGGUCUUGAUGAUGACGAGACUGUCCUGAGAACGGCAUCUGAAUGCAUCAAAGCUUUGUGUCGAUAUGGAUCUCGACAAGGGGCCGCGAAGGCGAAAGACCUCGGUCAGUUUUUUGAAGAUUGGUUGAAUAAGCAUCAUCCAAGUGCCCAUGGAAAUGCAAACGGCCGGCUUCUCGAGAACGGUAGCUCAAGAGAGGCGGAAACAACAAUCCCACCGAGAGUUUUCGCUCUGGCCUGGCGCUGCAUCGGUAUUGCUCAUGCCCAAUGGGCGCGUUUGACAUAUGAUGCUCCAUCAAGAUCAGAUAUACAACUACGAGCCAUCAAGUGCUUUCGUAAAGCACUGAUGCCCCAGUACGAAAGCACAAAUGAUGUCGAGACUUUGUUUGCACUGGGGACAGUUCUUGCUGAGCGUAGAGAGUUAGCUGCUGCAAUCGAGGUUGUUAAAUCUGGGUUGCUUCCUCGCUCUAAUAUCGCACCCGGGUUGGGCCCACACGCUGGACGCUUCUCCAGAGAACGAUCGCUGAUACCAUUGUGGCAUCUCAUGGCGCUCCUGCUCAGCGCACGGCAAGACUUUUUGACAGCCGCAAGAUCUUGCGAAGGCGCGUUUGAGCAAUUCCAAGACCCCAAAAACUUAUUUGGGGAAGCGGAUCUCAAUGGCGUAUAUCGAAGCGAUCAUUUGAACGAGAAAUCGAUUGGGAGAAGCCAGGGAGGAGUGGUUGACGAUAUGGAUGAUUUCGAAAGAGAGAGCGUCCUUGAAGUGAAGAUGACGCAACUAGCCCUUAUCGAGGUACUGGAAGGGCCAGAGGUUGCAGUCAAUGCAAGUGAUGAGCUCCUGAGUCUCUACACAAGAUUGUUCGUCGAUCCCAAGACAGAUUCUACUCCUUCUACGGCAAACAAAGCUUCAGCAGUGCCGCCGAAGAGCUCGGCAGGCACGAUCAAGAGCAUAACAGGGAGUAUAUUUGGAAGAUCGGGUCGAUCGAUUCGAAAGCCGAUGGUAUCGAGUUCGAUUACUAGUGAAAGGACGCUUGUUGACCGACCCAAGACUACCCAAACGAUUACCAGUACGCGGGCUCCCACGAUUCAAGUAACAAGUGAAAAUGGCACAGCAGCGAAACAGCAACGUCACGAGAAGUUGCAGAAGCGCAGUGACAGUGUAACCAAAAAGAAAGGCUCUGGGAGUAACCGGGAAAGAAGCACUAGCACAGGUCGGAGGCGUAGUGGCAGUGGAGCAAAGAGCCAUGAGAGUCACAAUCCCACGACAGUAGAUGGCGAGAAAUUCUUUACUCCGCCAUCUGAUAGCCCGAACCGAGGUCAGUGGGUGAACGAUGGCGUUAACUCUGCCAAAAACCCAACCAUCACAAAUUCUUCACCUAACUCGCGUCCUGGAUCGAAACCCCUACCACCUAAGUCGCAACACAUGGCUCAGAAGGAGCCUUCGUUAAAGCCAGCUCAUCAGAAUGCCACCCUAGCACAAGACACCCGAUUGCCCCAUGUCUCUCCGUAUUCUUCGUCAACAAAUCCAUCAACUCGCUUCCCCAAAGACCAACAGCGGCGGCGACGCAGUGCUAUCCUUGUAAAGGUGUGGCUACUUGUAAGUGGUUUCUAUCGCCGAGCAUCUCUUUACGAGGAUGCGAAGGGUGGUAUUGAAGAAGCAUAUAAAUUGGUUAAGAAGUUAGAGGAAGAUAUCUCAAGAGAUACCACUGGGCAUGUUUCAAUAGACCAUCCAGGAUGGGGAGGCGGCAAAAGUGUUGCGGAGCUAUGGGGUGAUGUGUAUUCCGAGCGCGGAUAUCUGGCAGUCGCUGAAACGGCUCCAUACACUGCUCUCGGGCAUUUCGAAUCCGCCCUCUCGCAUUUUGCUAACCAUUCCUCCGCAAUUGUGGGCCUCUCAAACAUCUUGCUAGACAUUUACACCGAAGAACUUCUCCCGCCGCCUUCGAUCCCGAGCCUCGUCUUACCAAGCUCUCUUGCAACUCGGUCAUCCUCAACAGUCAACACCCCAGUAGCAACAACCCCGCUCACCACACAGCCACCUCCAAUCAAACCAUCUUCAUCCCUCCCUAUUAUUCCUCGCGGCCCAAUUGGGCUGGCUUCGACAAAGCCCAGGGUAAAUGGAGUAAGCCAGACCCCUCAAGAGCCUGCUUCUACUCCAGAGUCUCAGUCAUCCGGUCUCGAGCCCAACUACAAAGGCUCUUCGACCUCGCUCUUGGACAGAUUGGCAGCCCGAGACCGUGCUUAUGGUCUUCUAACCGCCCUCACGAAAUUAGGCACAGGAUGGAACUAUAGCGAAGCGUGGUUUGCUCUCGCUCGAGCUUAUGAGGAAAGUGGCCAGCCUGAUAAAGCCAGGGAAGUGCUUUGGUGGUGCGUGGAGCUCGAAGAAGGGAGAGGAGUCAGAGAUUGGGCUGUCGUCGGCGGUGGAGGCUAUGUUUUGUGA